UCCAAGUUGGCAAGGAAUAGGCUAUAUUAUCAUCCUUAAAUAUCAAACUCAUAAAUUCCUUCUGUGCAAUAUUGAAUGUGCAUUUCUAACGUGCCUUCAUUUAAAAGAACAUAUACCUAUUUCUUUAAAACUUGGCCGUUGAUUAGAUAGGUAUUCGGAUUGUUCUAGCAUAUAAGGUCUUCUCAUUCAGGCAUUUCAACUCGGAAACUACCACCCAAAUCGCCAAAAUGAAUGUGGAACGGGAGUACGCCGUUGUGGGUAGUUGGGAGGACACAAAUGUGACAUUGGCUGUGUUAGAAGCCUACAUACCGCGGUAUUUUACCGAUGCCACAAAAGUCUACUACACCAAGACUGAGAAUUUUACUAUAAACACGGUUUCGCAUGACACUCAUCUGGAUAAGGAUGUGGAGGAGUAUCUGAAGAGCAGUUUCUCCUUCGAGAUCGAGCUAUAUCUGUUUAUCAAGCAGCGACUCUACAAACAGUAUAUAGCAGUGCAUAAGAACGGACUUUAGUCGAAUUAGUAUUAAGUACCACGAGGUUUACAAAUAUCAAAUGAAUACAGACAUUUGCCAAAUGAUUUAUACACCUAA